UACACACAAGCACACUUUCUUUCUCUGCCUUUACUCUCUUUUCUCAUCAGUUUCCUUUUCUCUUUCCAAAUAUAUUAUAACCAAUCACAAACCCUUCAACUUGCCAACUUGAUCAUUCACACAAAACACACACACUCACACUCACACUCUCCUUGUUACCUUACCUCUUUCCUUCAACCAUGUUUGCCUAUAUAUAGAACACACCUUACUCUUCUCUCUCUUAAAACUAACUCUCUCCAAUUCCUAUAUUCACUCUCUUCAACACUUUGAAAUGUUUUAUACUAGUGACCCCAUUUUAUCAUCAACUUCAUCUUCCUACAACACAUCAUCGCCAGAAUGGGAGAUGCAGUUAGCAGCGAGUUGCCCGAAGAAGCGAGCAGGAAGGAAGAUAUUCAAGGAAACUCGCCACCCGGUGUAUAGGGGCGUGAGGAAGAGGAACUUAGAUAAAUGGGUGUGCGAAAUGAGAGAGCCCAACAAGAAGACUAGAAUUUGGCUAGGAACUUUUCCAACGGCCGAGAUGGCAGCCCGAGCCCACGAUGUUGCCGCGAUGGCAUUGAGAGGCCGCUACGCCUGUCUCAAUUUUGCAGACUCGGUGUGGCGACUCCCUAUUCCUGAAACCUCUGAUACAAAAGAUAUACAAAAAGCGGCAACUGAAGCUGCCGAGGCUUUCAGACCAGACAAAACUUUAGUGACUAAGAACUUUGACAUCGUUGUACCGGUCAUCAUUGUACCAGACUUUGACAUCGUUGUACCGGACUUUGACAUCGUUGUACCGGUUAUCAUUGUACCGGUCAUCGCGACAGAGAAGUUGAAUAUGUUUUGUAUAGAAGAGGAAGAAGAAGAAGGAGUGGUGAACAUGCCAGAUAUGUGGAGGAAUAUGGCUCUAAUGUCCCCUACACAUAGUUUUGGGGAUCAUGAGUAUGAACAUAUUGAUGAACAAGAUUUUCAAGAUGAUGAUGAGGAUUUUAAAAAACCUGUUACAGUGAUUUGGGCUGUGACUGCAAUUGGAGUUCUUUGGUCAAAUUUUGCAGUAAUAUCAAGGAUCAUGAUCGUUACCAUGACUGCAAACACGCCGAUGUUUGUUUUCAUUUUGGUAACUUUAAGGUGCCCGCAUUUCUUUACGAGUGUUAUAGUGUGUGAUACACAUAAAAGUUCAUCAAUACUAAAAGUGGUAGUGGUAAUGGUUUUAUCUAUCAAAUUGUAUUGCAUUUUUUCUUUAUCUUCUUUGGCUAUAAAUUUCUAGGUUUGUUUUUCGCACAUCAUUAACUUGAUAUGUGGGAACAAAAUGAUCAUUUUUUACAACGUCCCAAAUAUCACAAUUCACCCCUUCAUUAAAAAAAAUUCUGUUUCCCAUAAGCAUAUCCUUGACCAUUGAAAAGAUUGAGCUUAGUUUAAUGAAUUGUUUGAAGUCAUCUUUUCUCUUGAGACAAUAUUUAGUCUCCGAAAAAGAUUCAAGCUCAAAUACCACAUGAUUACCAAGUGGCUUCAAACAUAAGAGAGUGUGAGAAUUGUGAUAUAAAUAUUUUUAAAAUUUUGAUUAAAUAAAAAUGAUUUUUUGAGAAGUUUUUAAAAGACAGUUAGAUGAAGAAGAAGAAGAAGAUAAUUGAUAAUAGGGGAUGGGAAAAUUAAGAGUAAAGGUAUUAAGAAAAACACCCAAAAUUUAUCCUAUUUCAACCUGAUACAACUAAGAGCUCCACUAACAAUUGAGAUAUUAUCUUAUGUCUAGCUCUGAAGGAUAACACCUUCAAGUUUCCAAUAACAGAUGAGAUUUUAUUACAGGUUCUGUCCACGGUAUCUUACACAAAGCUUUUAUCUCACUUUCAACUUACAACCUUUAUAUUAUAUCAGUUCAAGAUACAUAACUCUCUUGGUUUUACAAUUACAUAUCUAAAGUUACAAUACCAAAUUACACAAGUUACUAUUUAAGAAGCUACUCCCUUAGAACUAAAACUAUACGAAGGCCUCUUUUUGUAAUAAAAAAAAAUAGGAAAAUAAGGAAAAUUUGGUAAAUCCAGUUCGAGCCAUAUUCAAUUAUCCUAUGAUAAUUUUCAUGGCACGAAAAAUACCAGAGUGGAUGAACGCUCAAAAUUCAAUGAAGUUGCCACCAAAGUUUAUUAUUACAAGGGAAAACAUCGAUAAAACCCUAAAAUAACAAAAAUAUGAUCAUCGCAACCAAAUUCAAGUUCAGGAAUCGGUUAUGCGCGGAAAAGAUAUUAGCACCUCACACAUCCAUUGUACUUAACAGGAACUGUCUAGUUAAUUGUGUGAAUAAGAGUGUUAGCUUAAGGUAUUUGAUUUCUCCUAAUUAUUGUGAUUAUUUACAAAAAGAAAUAAAGGGGGAAAUUAGGUUUUUUAUUAGGGUGUUUGACGAGACGUUGAAUCUCGCUCCUACGUAUCUCUAGGUACGAUGGGGAACCCAAAGCUACGUAGUUAUGGGUAGCAAAUGUUUGUUUGUUGGAGAUUUUAGCAAAAGAUGUUUAUGUCGCAUUCGAGUAGAAAAUAUUGCUUGCUACCCAAACAUGGGAGUAGGGAACGUUGUGUGUCCAUCGCGUUGGAAUGGCUAAAACAUGAUCCGGAUUCUCAUAGAUUAUGUUUUGAUCGCAUUCGAGCGAACAACGUUGCUAGCUACUUGCACAUGAGAGGAUUGAAGGGUUAGUUUGUGCAUUGCAUUGGAAUGGAUAGAAUAUCAUUUGAUUAUGAAAAGUUUUUGACGUGUAGAGGCGAGAGAAGUAGGUUUGAUUGGUUGAAGUUGUUUUUAGGUGGAAGACAAAUAAUCGGUUCGAGCAAAGUGUACACCUUGCUUUCAAUUAUUCAAAAAUAAUAGGAGUACACCCAAUUUUCCUUUUUCAAUCCAAUUAUUUAUUAAAAUCAUGUUUGUGGAAGACGAGUAUCAAACUAGAAUGAAGUGUGCGCUUCGCGUUUGACUACUAGAGAAUCAAGAGGAUGAAUAUCCGUUUGUUCUUUUUUAAUUCAAGUUUGAUUAUGUAUUUUUGGCAAAAGACGAAUAAUCGGUUGAAACAAAGUGUGCACUUUGCGUCCGAUUACUCGAGGUUCAAAAGGAUGUACAUCCAAUUGUCCUUUUUAAUCAGAUUUUUUUUAUUAAGAAAAAGUUCUAGCGGAAGUCGAAUAAUCAGUUUGAACAAAGUUUACGCCUGGGGUCCGAUUAUUCAAGGGUUAAGAGAAUGUGCAUCCAAUUGUCCUUUUUAAUUCGAUUUUUAUUGAGAAAAGUGGUUUGAAGUCGAUUAAAUUUUGAUAGAGAUGUUUAUUUAAUUGUAAAAAAUAACUAAAUUUUAUAUUGAAAAUAAAAUAGAGUUUGUGACAAUUUUAAUACUCAUAAUAAUAAUAAUUAAUCAAAUUAAUAAUCAAACCAUUAAUUAAAACAAUCAAUGAAAAUUAAAGAUUAGGAGAUGGGUGCAGAAAUAAAAAACCGGUGAGGCCUUAGUAAAUAAGAGAUUAAAAAAACUAAGCCCAAGAAGCAAAGCCCAACUAACAAAAUGAAAACAAAAAACAAGAUAAAAAGACUACAACGCCCCUGACCGUAUGAUUAAGAUCAGACGCUCCAGAUUUGUUAUCUAAAUCACACGUUCCACACCACAUGAUUAAGAUCAUAGAAUGAAAGCUUGAUUUGUUUGAGAGUGUACCUUCGGCAUAGUGUUAUUCUUUGGAUUGAUGUGUUGUAGGAUCUCUUCUAUCCUAAACAGCCUUUUAGCCAGGAAUUAUGAGUUAUGUUGUUGCAUAAUGUUCUACACACUUUCGCCGAGUUAGUAGCUCAUUGAAUCUUGGAUUUGGCCUAUGAUAGCUCAAGGUCAUGGAGAGUUUCUGUAAUACCCACAUAUAAUAUGCAUCUAGAUUAAUAUUACACAUAAUGUUAAUUGGUAUGGACACAACAUAUGUGCCUAACGGCAUCAUUCAUAUAUACAUGUCCAAAAAUAUAAUAUACAUCAUAUGGCACUUGAUAUACAAGAGUUUCUAAUAAAAAACGAUGAUAUACACAAAGUAUACAUAUGAAUAGUGGAAAUAACUAUAAAACAUAAUAAAAUCUCCAAACUUCUUCAUACAACCUUGCUAUUUCCUUUGACCUGCUCAAAAUUACCUGAAAUUUAACAAUAUAAUAGGGUGAGAUAAUAAUCUCAUUGGGCUCUCCUAUCUUAUGGGUCCACUUGAAUCUAAUGGAACCAUUAAACGAUAUUUUAACUUUAGUCGUUCAACUUUGUCCUA